CGGAGAGUGUCAUCGAACGCCUCCCAUAGAUGCUUUUUGGCGUCUGUUUAGUUAUCCGGAAUGUGUCAUUGACCUUUGUACCAAGCUUCAUAAUGUACUUGUUGAAUUCCCAUGUACCUUUAUUGCAUUAUCUGGCCUGAAGUUGUUCACUUUUGCAUCAUUGGCGCCAGAGGCCAUGAACAGUCUAUAACAAUUUCUUCGCUGUUUUUCUUUAUCGUCUCAAGACUACCUCCGAUACAACCAGUCGUAUCUCCAGGGCGGAAUAAUUUAAAAGUCACUGGCUCUCUCUUAGGCAGGUUCAUGGAGGAUGGGCUGCGGCAGUGAGGAUCCGGGCUAGUCUCAAAACCAGCUACGAAUACAUGGCUUCCGCGAAUGAAGCUCCAAAAAAACCCAUCUUCAGGUGUGAAGAAAUAUAACAGGGGCAGAAGGGGUGCGCAGACGGCGCCAAGAAGAUGGUCGCGAUGUUGGCAUUCGCAAUGGCCGCUAGGUCUACUAGCUUUGGAGACCGAAAAAUACCCAAAACCUGUAAUGUAGCCCCCUGCUUACGGGCUUGGGAGACAAAUUGAAUUGCAAUGAUUGAAUCGCCGCCAAGAUAGAAGAAAGAAUCAUCCAUUCCAACGCUUUCCACAGGAAGCUUUAGGAUUUUGGAGCAAACCUGCAACACUACCUCUUCCACCGAGGGUGCAGGUAGUCGCCGGUGUUGGCUUCCACUACUAAAACAAGCCAAUUCCUCAAUACUGAGGCUCGAAGCUUGCUCCCGUAGUUUACGGCGAUCUGUUUUUCCAGUAGGGGUUGUGGGCAGCAGACGCGCAGUCAAUAUUCGUGCUGGGAUCAUAUAGACUGUCGUCAUGUUCGAGCUCAAUGAAGGCCGUGAGAACUUUAGGGGAGCCUUCUUCUCUGCCUGGCACCAUGUUGACAACCACUGCCCUAGCCGGUGGGAACAAUUGCUCAAUAGCCGUCUCGGUAUCACCCAGCUCCACACGCUGUCCGCGGACUUGACUUGAAAGUCCUUACGGCCGAUGAAGCGAAGGGAUCAAUCCUUAUUGUACUGUACGAAAUCACUUGUCUUAUACAAACGGGCCCCUUCAGCGUUUUUCCGAAACUGUUGCAGCUACUGGGAGAGCUGGUAAUGAAGGCCGCUGCAGUUGCCGUAGGGUUGUUGAUGUUUGAAAGUAUUGCGUGCAAAAUCUGGGCCUCUGCCAAUCCACAAACAAAGAGUUCCUCGACAUUCACGAUGAAGCCCGAAAUUGGGUCUCCAAAUGAUUCUACCGAUGAUGAUAGUAGCGACUUUGAUCAAGUCAAACAUGUCGGCCCACCUACAAAUGGAUCGGCAAAACCAUUAACAUGCGAGGUAAAGGAGUACGAGGAACGCAGAAAUUUGAAAGGGGAGAAAGUACUAAAGAAGGUCGUGGCCAAGAUGGAGGUAGAUGAGAAGAAAGAUGGCAAGGAGUAUGUGAUGAAGUUUUACUAUGGCUCGGAUGGUGUUUUGGAAAGCUCACGACUUGAGAUAUACUCCCCUCAUAUCCAAGAAGCGCUACGUGAGGUUAUCAAAGAGUAUCCCGGCGUCAGCUUCUGCGGAGACCUGUUGAUACUUCAUGGCACGCUGAAAUGCGUCUUCCACUACCGCAAGGAGCUUGAAAGCUAUCGGCAAACCGUCCAGGAUCGAAUUGCCAAGUUACACAUCCAUCUGCUUUUACGCUUUAUGGAAAAAAAACUUUAAGACCGAGAUCAGAAGCUACGAAGCCAACGUGGCAACGUCGCCGUCUAGUCCUGCUAUCGAGUUCAAAGAUCUAUGGAUGGUCUUUCUUCCCGGAGAGCCUGUAAUAACUGGACAGGACGAGAUGAACCAGAUACUAUCCCUAGUGUCUACCAAGUUGGUUAAAACUAACGGUAACACGGUUUGGAUGGUCAUAGGGAAAUGCUUUACACAUGAUGGAAAGGAUUUCGGAUACUUGCACAAGCACAUCAACAUUGAGCCCUAUCAAGGCACGAAGACUAUUAAAAGCUUACCAAUCCUGCCCCUAAGGUAUUACGGAGACGAUGCAGAGAUAGGUCGUGUUCGCCGCCAGCACAUUGCUCGAGGCAAGAAAUUCUGUUCGUUGAAGGGAAAUCAUCAUCGCUUUUACAACGGCAGAGCAUACAUGGUGGGCAAAGAAUGGGAGGAAAAUAUCGCGCCUCGCCCACCACUACCCCCAGGAGCACACUAUUACAGCUACAGGCUUGAAAGUGUGACGGUCAACAGUCGCAUUAUCGUAGACUGUAAGACUUUCGGGGAUUUUAAACCUCCGAACAGAGUCUGGUUGCAUGAACGAAAACCUCUCUGGCCAAAAGAUGGAGAAGAUGAAAUCGAUGCCAUCAGCACAGAGGAUCUCAUGAUUUGUGAUUUUCAGAUCCCUGGAUUUUCACUCUUUGACAAGAAAUGGUGCUUUUUUGCUAUUGACUUCCUUGACGACGUGGAGUUCAACAGCGAUGCAUACAAACAGCUGCUUCUCCCGAAAAACCACAAGGAACUCGCUCACGCAUUAGUUAAAAAUCAUGGAUCUAAUGAAUUUGAUGACCUGAUUAAAGGGAAAGGAAAGGGGCUGGUCUUUGUGCUUCAUGGUGCGCCGGGGGUUGGGAAAGCUUUCACGGCGGAGAGUAUCGCUGAUGAUGUUCGCAAACCGCUUUAUGUUAUCAACUCGGGUGAACUGGGGGUUACUCCUCACGAAGUUGAGACGCAUCUGAAUUCGGCGUUAAAACUGGCAACGCAUUGGGGGGCAAUAGUUUUGAUCGAUGAGGCGGAUGUAUUUCUUGAGCAACGUACUAUUCACGACCUCACAAGAAAUUGUUUGGUAUCCCUAUUCCUGCGUACCCUUGAAUACUACGAAGGAAUCCUCUUCCUUACCACCAACCGCCUCACGAGUUUCGACCUCGCUUUCAAAUCUCGAAUACAUUUAGCACUAAAGUACACAGCCCUAGAUGCACAACGCCGGAAGGAACUUUGGAAGUUGUUCAUCAGUCGCACAUCGUCCCAGAGGUUGGCCGCCUGGGACGAAAGUGUCUUGGAUGAUCUUGCUAAGGUCGAUAUCAAUGGACGGCAGAUCAAGAACACAGUUAGGACUGCAAGCACUCUAGCGAUGUCCAUGAAUACGUCUCUGGAGAAGGAUCAUAUAGACAUUGUCUUAGCAACGAUUGAGAGCUUUGAGGCAGAUCUCAAUGAGGAUACGCAGGAUGUUGUGGAGUCAAGGGAAUGAAGUGAAGGGGGUAGCCAGGCUUAUAGAGGCCCUUUCCAGUGAUCAACCGCAGAAUAUAAUCCCG